CUAUUGCAAUGACCCCUCCAAGCUCCAUGUUUAUUUUUUUUCCUUGUUUUUUCCUUGCUAUUGCUGUCCUUUAUAUUAAGCAAUCCAGAAACUCUUCAUGGCUUUUGCUUGUCAAGCAUCUUCUUUAUCUCCCCUUUUUUUCUCCCCCCAAGAUUCCCCAAUAUUCUUGCAAUAUUCCACUCAUUUCUCAGUUAUCAUCGUAAAGUAAUUGAGCAUGGAUUUUAAUUCUUGAUAGAAAUGUUGUGCUUCUAGAUUUCGAGCAAGUUGGAUUUUGGAGUUCUGUGCAGGGAGGGGAUCAUAUUAUCAAGAAAAUGGCAACAUCUUUGGAGGAGCUUCUUGCAAAGGAAGGGUUUAGAGGAGGGAGAUCAGGGACAAGGGCAAGACCUUCAUUCAAAGCAGAAGCUGCAAGUAUGCCUCGUUACCCUUUUGGUGAUCAAGGCAAAAGAGACUCUCCAUCUGGUCCAUCUAUGCGGAGAAUCAAGACCGAAAGGACAAGGUCUGAUGUCACUCGGUAUAGCUUGAGAGGUGAAUCACCAGGAAGUAAUAGUAGUUUGAGUAGGAGACCUAGGGAUGACCUGGUUAAAAGAGAAAAAUUAGAUUCAAGAUUGAAGGCAGAACAUCGCGGCAGAGGUUCGAAAGAUGUGAAGGAAGAUAAGACCCUGAAAGUUGAAACAUUGGAAGAUGUCAAGGGUAGUGAGAUUGUUGAGGUUGGUGUAGAAGAAAAUGAGACGUUUAAGGAUAUACACUCUGAUAUAGCAUAUUAUUCAGAGAGAACUGAACGAUCAUCGAAAGGUAAUGGGAGCAAGGAGAGGCAGAGAGAGGGGAAAGGAAAGGAUAAGAAAGUUCCUGAGAGGCAUCACAGCAUUUCUAAUGAAAAUUUGGAAAAACACUCAGAAUUUAGCAAUGACAACAGGAGAAGUGUGGACCAGUCUGAGGCGGUUUAUGAAAGUUCGGUUAGAGGCUCAAAGAUUGGCAAUGGCUUUGAAGAUGAUCAGAGACCAAAGAAUCAGAAAAGGGCACCAGCAGUUCCUGAAAUUGCUCUUGAUGAAGUUGCUGUUAAAGCUGUAAUCUCCAUCUUAAAUGGCUAUAUCAAGCGUUUUUUCAAAGAUGCAGAAUUCCGAACCACGCUUCGCCAGAAUUGUUUCUCUUCACUUGCUUCUAUCGAAAUAGAAGAAGGCAACAGCAUUGAGAUCAAGGCCAAGGCCAAUCUUGAACAAGCUAUUGAAACAGUGGAAAAGGCUGUUGAGGCAGCUGCAGGGACAAAGGAUUUGAAAACAGCUGCUUUGCUACUUAGUGUGAUCACAAGUUUGAACUCAAAUGAUCUGAAAGAUGACUACACAUCAGGAACUCCAAAUUCUAGGUUGUCAGCUUGUGCUCACAUCUACCUUAGUGUGAUAUACAAGCUACGAAAGAAGGAUAAGGUUUCAGCUAAGCAUCUUUUGCAAGUGUUUUGUGAUUCUCCUUUUCUGGCAAGAACACUUCUGUUGUCUGAACUGUGGGACUAUCUAUUCUUCCCUCAUCUUUCGCAUUUGAAGACUUGGUACAAAAAAGAGGCAGAUCCUUUAUUCAACACGGCAAGCAAGAUUACGAAACUUAAGUUUCUUGACAAAGUUUAUAAUGAAGUUCUGGAUUCUUGUACUUACCAAUUUGCAGUUUACUACAAGGAUUGGCUCGCAGAGGGGGUGGAAGCUCCUUCUAUUCCUUCAGUCAACAUCCCUUUCAUUUCACAGCAGGGAGGCUCGCAAGAUCAUUCUUCAGGACCAGCUAGUCCGGCUGCUCCUUUCUCACCCCAGCCAAUGGUGAGUAAGAAAUUAUACGAUGCUGUAUUUGGCCAUUCAAGUAAACCUAGAGUUUAUGAUGCCGAAGAAAAUUGGAAGGCAGAUAACUUCAAUAAUGGUGCAAACAGCUCUGGUUCAUCUCCUAUUCAAGUCAAACAAACACUGACAAGCUCUUCCGAAAUGGUCAAAUAUCCUGGUCAAGAUAUAGAAAACCAUUCCCCUGAGAAUUUACAAGAUAACACGUCCAUUCUUGAUAAUGGGCUCUUAUCAGCGUCUGACGAAGAAUGGAAGCUGGUUAAUGUGAGUGUUUCACCAGACACAGAUCUGAAAGAUGACAAUCGCAAAUCCAGUGCAGGGCAAGUAUCUGCUGGAGACACUCAUAUGCUAAAUUCAUCUUCACAUACAAAAGAAAAUGAGCUAACCCUCAAGACCCUAGCGAAAUCUGUUUUCAAAAUUCAACGAACUGAGGAUUCUGGUGAUCUCACUGUUUCAAACCUUUUACAUCCCAAAAAGGCAAUCAACGCAAGCGCUUCUAUCGAAGGGUUAAAUGGAAGUCAUGAAUCUUUUGAUGAAGGAUCCAUUUUUGAAAGCAUUCCACAGGACUUUGUUUGCCCUCUCACUAGACAGUUGUUUGAGGAUCCAGUGACCCUGGAGACUGGUCAAACCUUUGAGAGAGAAGCCAUCAGGAAAUGGUUUAAUCAGGGAAACAGAACAUGUCCCUUAACAGGAAAAACUUUAGAAUGUCCAACUAUACCACUCACCAACUUUAUUUUGAAGCGUAUGAUCGAUAGUUGGAAGUUGGAGCGAUGUAAUCACCUAUUGUCUUUUGCAUCUCAAAUAUUCAAGAACUCUGAGGCAUAUGAUUCAAGACAAAGGAAUGAAGAUGCUUUAUUCAUACUUGAGAAGCUUCUUGCUUCUUCCAGUAGGGAGGAAAGAUUAACAAAUGCCAAACACCUCAUUUCUCUUGGAGUCCUGGAAUUUCUUAUUAAAAGGUUUGAAUUUGGUAGUUUGGAAGAGAAAACUCUGGUUGCAGCUCUCUUAUCAUGUUGUAUUGAGGCAGAGUCAAGCUGCAGAAACCAUAUAGCUAUAAAGAUUGAUAAACAAUGUCUCUUCGAGUUACUCCACGGCAACCAAUCUAAGUCUGCAAGAAAUGUUGUAGGUCUGUUGAUUGAGUUAGUUUGUCUGAGCAGGAGGAAAGGGGUUACACAAUUUAUAAGUGGCUUACCUAGUGAGACAAUAGUGCAUGCGAUGGACAUUCUACUCGUCUAUCUUCAGAGUUCUCCAGCUGAGGAACCCUUGGUGGCUGUUCUGAUCUUACACUUGGAUCUUCUGGUUGAACCUCGGAAGUAUAGCAUCUACAGAAAGGAAGCCGUUCAUGCCAUUUCAAUGGCCUUGGAAAGUAGCUUAACUGAUGAGAAGGUCCGGGAACAGUCUUGCAGAGCACUUAAUGUCUUGGGGGGGAUUUUUUCUGCUUCUGGGAACUCAUCAACAGAAAGUUGGAUCCUAAAGCAAGCAGGGUUUGAUAAAAAUCAUGAAGUAAAUUCUCGAGAAGAUAAUUUACUUCUCGAUGAUCCUCUUUCGCCGGAAGAUGAAGAAGAGUCCAGUGAAGAAUGGUUGAGGAACUUGUCAGAAUCAUUGCUUGCUAAUGGCAAAAUGUCAAUUUUAGAGACCAUAUCAAAGUGUUUAAGUUCAGGAAUCUUGGAUUUAGUGAGGGCAUGCCUAACCACAAUUGCAUGGUUAAGCUGUGGAAUCUCUUUGCUACCGGAUUCGGAGCUCCAGCUCUUUGGCUUCCCCACUCUCAUCUCUGGGCUCAAGGAAAUCUUGGAAGAUGAUGAGCAGAUUGAGCACCAAGUUCUUGCUUCAAUGUCCUUGUUAAAUCUCAGUAAAAAUCCAGAAUGCGGGAGUCUGCUAAUGAUAAUUGCAGAAGAAAUUGCGGUUCCACUACAAAGCCUAGCUGAAGUAACAUGGACAGCAAAAGAGCUACAUGCCAUCAUUUCUGGAGAAGAUCCUUAGCUUGUUAGGAAAAAAAUCCAUCCACUUUCAUCAAAAUUUCACAAUUUUUCCGGCUUUCGAAUUCCUUAUUCGCAUACACGUCAGAAACUUCAGAGGUUAAUAGCAACAUUCUGGUCUCCACUUAGUUGCUGACAGUUGAGAACCGAAGCAAGAAAACUUGUCAAGGGGUCAGAUACUCUGAUUGUUGUCAUCAAAACCUGGAGGGAGCUGGCAGAGCAUCAUACCGAGAAAACCUCAAGGCGAGCCAAUGCCAUUUUAAACAGUCAAAUUAUCAGAAGCCAAAAACCUUUCUGUCUUAUGAAUGCUUGGCAUGAAUUCAUCCCCUGUAAAUAUAUUCUGAACCUGCUUCAUUUCUGAUACAGCCAUUUAAACUUGGAGAGUUCACAUUGUUCUCUUGUUUCCAAAGGGAUUGAAGGUUCAGGAACCGUGACUUGCCUA